UGGAUUUCUCUAUGUAGCACGGUGCUUCUCAUGGUUCACUUUCAGUCGCCUUUCUGCGGUGGUUGUCGUCGUCUUGCCACCAGCCAUGAACGCUCGUACCGAGAGGCCCAGUUUCCUGCUCCAUGAUUACGCGGCAAAGAGCAAGAGCAGCAGCUACCAUGAACUGGUGAUUCAGCAGCUGUACGAGCAGUCAACCUGGAUCUAUAUCCUCCUCAGCGCUAUCCUGGCUCACUCAAUCCUGGGAUAUUUUAGUCUCCUGCCGUUUUCUGUCCCUCAGGCUCUGUGGAGCCUGGUGGUUUUCCUGACCCCCUCGCGGGUGGUGAUUGCGUUGGAUUCGAAAUCCGCCACCCCGGCGUCUCAUCCGAUGACGUUCCAUGCGAAGAGCGAAGCUAUGCAACGGAUCCUCGGCCUCAACAGCGGCGGCGGUGCCAGCGGUAGCGGCAGCUCGUUCUACUCCUUCCUGCCCCGAGCGCGGAGUCUGUCGGGACUCGGCACCGUCUUUCUCGGUGCCAAGGACCACAACCCCCCUGGGCUGGGGAACUGGGAUAACUCGUGCUAUCAGAACAGUGUGAUACAGGGUCUGGCAUCACUGCGGACGUUGGCCGAUUUCCUCUGCCACAACUUGGAGACGUUGGCGGGCAAAGGCUCGUUCGCUACACACCAUGCGCUAAAGGGGAUUAUCGAACAGCUGAACAGCACAUCAGCCUACAGCCAGAAACUGUGGAUCCCGCCGGAUCUCAAGUCGAUGAGCAGCUGGCAGCAGCAGGAUGCACAGGAGUAUUUCUCCAAGAUUAUCGAUCAGGUGGACCGCGAAGUGCAGCAGGCGACCAAGGGACAGACAAAGAACCAGGGCCUGAAGAUGGCGGGUCCUGAGGAACAUAUUUUCCGCUCGAGCGCUGCGGCGCCGAUGCUGAGAGAUGGUAUUGGAAAUCCUUCGUCGCCUCGAAACCCGUUGGAAGGGUUACUGGCGCAGAGGGUUGGCUGUAUGAACUGCGGUUGGACGGAGGGACUGUCCCUGAUACCCUUCAAUUGCCUGACGGUCCCUCUGGGAGGCAGCUGGGAGUACGAUAUUCGAGAGUGCCUGGAUCAUUACAUGUCGCUGGAACCCAUUGAAGGGGUGGAAUGCGCCAAAUGUACCCUGCUGCGAACCCGCAAUCAGCUGCUGCAGCUGCUCAAGCAGGUUGAGGAGGAUCAACAGAUUCGCUCGACGCCCGAGUCAUCGUCGCUAUCCCACACACUCCAGGAAUCUGCCAGAACGCGCCUGCAGGCCGUGGAAGAGGCGUUAGCAGAUGAAGAUUUCUCAGAGAAGACGCUAUUCAAGAAAUGCCACAUCCCGGCGAAAAGCCGGGUCUGCUCGACUAAAUCACGACAGGCCGUGAUCGCACGGGCCCCGCAAUGUCUCGUGGUCCAUAUCAACCGCAGCGUGUUUGACGAGAAUACGGGCAUGCUGCGAAAGAACUACGCUGAUGUACGGUUCCCCAAGCUUUUAAAUCUUGACGAAUGGUGCCUAGGCACCCAGUGUCGCUCCCCGGGUGAUGAUAGGACGGAGAUGUGGGCGACCAACCCGCAGGAAUCGAUGCUGCCAGACCCGGGUAGUGCGGUGAAUGUACAGGGCCGGUGCUACGAGCUACGGGCAGUGGUAACCCAUUACGGUCGCCAUGAGAACGGCCACUACAUCUGUUACCGCAAGUACCCCACCGAGACGUUCCCCGUCCAUGUACCAGACUCGAUCUAUGAGGCCGACGGCGAGAAAGACCGACCGGAACGCUGGUACCGUCUCAGUGAUGAUGACGUGCAGAUGGUCAGCGAGCGCAGCGUGAUGACGCAGGGAGGGGUAUUCAUGCUCUUCUACGAAGCGACCAAUCUGCCAUUUGGUGAACAACAUCGCCGGUUCGACGGCCGGGACCUCGCCGAUCUGCGCGACGCUGGCUCGGGCCGCAACUCUGCCUUUGAAACGCCCGAGGACAAUAUGUCCCUGGCCUCAACCGCGACGGACGGCUUGACACAGGACGAUUCUGAGUCCACGUCUUCGCAGUCCACAAGCAUUUCCCCUCCGAGCCAGGUAGUGCCAUCUCUCGGAGAAAUUAGUGGGCCCCAAAAGGCAGUUGAUAUCGAAGACAUAGUCUCGCCGCCGCCUCCGCUAUCUCUCCCCUGAUAUACAACUAUCCACCCCAACCCUGACCAUUCUUACCUGCAGUUCAACUGCCCUAUGAUACCCCGAGAAUAUAUCCCGCGUU